AGAUGACCCUAUUGGGUCUACAUUAACAGUAGUACUAUUAUACAUAGUAGAGCUAUUUGGCAAACACUGCCAAGCAAAAGAGUGGUUGCUAGUCAACACCAUACUAGAGUUAGUAGACCGCCUAACAAAACGAAAGUGAAUACCAAAUUUUGAUUGGAACUGAGAUAUUUCAAAACCCUUAACACCUAAAACAAGUCUCAUUCGUCUUCUCUCUUCCCUUUGUAUCGGCAGUUAAAAUGGCAUCUUUAGCUUUACCUGGAAGCUUUCUAGAUGUCAGCAAAACCCGCCGUGGUAGAUAUGCAACUGCAGACUCCAUUACAAGGUGUAAUGUGGCGGAGCCACUAAAGUUUAACAAAGAGAAUGGGAGACCAUGCAUUCCCCCCCUCCAGGUUAAUGGAGCUACUUCAUUUACCAGUCUUUUGAACGCCAAUCAGCUAAGAAGAUUUUCAGUUCCACAUAAUCCAAAUGAUACCAGACUCCGUAUUUUCUCUGGGACUGCCAAUCCUGCACUUUCUCAGGAAAUUGCUUGCAACAUGGGUUUGGAACUUGGAAAGAUAAUGAUAAAACGUUUUGCUGAUGGCGAGAUUUAUGUCCAGUUACAAGAGAGCGUUAGGGGUUGUGAUGUAUACCUUGUCCAACCAACCUGUCCUCCCGCUAACGAAAAUCUGAUGGAACUCUUGAUAAUGAUUGAUGCUUGUCGUAGGGCCUCAGCCAAAAAUAUCACUGCAGUAAUUCCUUACUUUGGGUAUGCCCGCGCUGAUCGUAAGACUCAAGGUCGUGAAUCAAUUGCAGCCAAACUUGUAGCAAAUCUGAUCACAGAAGCUGGUGCAGAUCGAGUUCUUGCUUGUGAUCUCCAUUCUGGCCAGUCAAUGGGUUAUUUUGACAUUCCAGUGGAUCAUGUACACGGCCAGCCUGUCAUACUUGAUUACCUUGCAAGCAAGACUAUCUGCUCUGAUGAUCUAGUUGUGGUAUCUCCGGAUGUUGGGGGGGUUGCAAGGGCUAGAGCUUUUGCCAAAAAGUUGUCUGAUGCACCCCUAGCUAUCGUGGAUAAAAGGCGUCAUGGGCAUAAUGUUGCUGAGGUAAUGAAUUUAAUUGGCGAUGUCAGGGGAAAAGUGGCAGUUAUGGUUGAUGACAUGAUUGAUACGGCUGGUACUAUUGCAAAAGGAGCUGCUCUUUUGCAUCAAGAAGGAGCCAGGGAAGUUUAUGCAUGCACCACUCAUGCGGUUUUCAGCCCUCCUGCAAUUGAGAGGUUGUCGAGUGGACUGUUUCAGGAGGUAAUCAUCACAAAUACCAUCCCGGUUGCAGAGCAGAACUAUUUUCCCCAGUUGACCAUCUUGUCUGUCGCAAACCUCUUGGGUGAAACAAUUUGGCGUGUCCACGAUGACUGUGCAGGCGGCUUUGAGCCUUACUCAAGUUUGGGCAUUGAUUAGUUGGUUCCCAUUCAUUGGCUACUUUUAAACUGUUGUCUGGAACAUGAAGCAGUAUUUAAACUGUUAUCUGGAACUUGAAGUUGUAUUGUAAAUCCACCAAAUUUCCAUCCAGUAACAAAGUGAACAUUUUCAGUUGUAUAAAUCUUGCUUCGGCAGUGUUAAUGUUGUAAAUCUUUCAAUCA